CCUCGAUAUAGCUACACGUGUGUGUCGAUGGUCCAUCCAUCCACCCUUCAAGUGGACCCAUCGUCUUCAUCGGUCCAUCCCGAUGGCUUUCUUGACUGCCCUGUCCGCCGCCUCCUUCACACGCCGACCGUCGAACGUGCCGGGGCGGAACGGAGUGCUGCUGCCUGUGGGGUGCCGGUGGGCCUUCCUGCCGCCGCCCCUGCUGCUGUGGACGGUGGUAGUCGGUGUCUGCGUGCCGCUGCUGGUGCUAGUGGCUAUGGUCCUCUUGGGGGAGGUGUAGCUGCCCAAAGGGGGGCUGUGGUCUGUGCUGCUGAUGGUGUUGGUGUGUCUGGUGGUUGUGGGGCCGAAGAGCUUGUCAAUGGCGCGGGUGCGCAGCUCCUCCUUGCCAUGGGCAAACGAACACUGAAGGGGAUGCAUCCACAGGACACACACGGAGACAGGUUAGAAAGGAAUGUAUGUGUCUCUCUCGCCCCCUCCGCGCCCAGGUUCUCACCCUUGCUCCGAAUCGACACUCCCCCUCAGCACUCCAGUAGGAGCAUAGCUCUGUCUUGUAGAGCGCACCGUACCUGCACACACACAUGUCCGCGUACAUCGAUCGAUUCAUCCAUCCACGAAUGUACUCACAUACAUGCGAUCCUUGCGCUGCAUCGCUCCGUAGACUGCGCGGAGAGAACGCCCCCUGACACACACACACACAAUACAGGUGAACGGCAAAGGAUGCAUUCAUUUGGGAUUUAGCAUCGCGCUGCAUACCGCCUGUAUGUGUAUGUGUCCUCGCCGUAUGUGUCGAUGUAGGUGUCGGGCCGCCUGUGGUGCCGCAUGCCGCUGCCGCUGCCGCCACUAUGGUGGGGCGAGGCCCUCACGCGGUUCCGUCGGCGGGGCGAGGCCUUCCGCCGACGCCAACCACCCUCCCUCUCCUCCUCCCCCUCACCAAACGUCCCCUCAUUUCUAUAGCCCCAAUCAUCAUAUCCCUCCCCUUGCCCAUCAUACACACCCACACCCACCCUGCCGUCCCCCUCCCCCUCGCCCCAAUCCUCGUUCUCUACCGCCAGCCCGCCCUCGUCGGUAAGAGGCGAGGCAGACGACUCCUCCGCAGCUGCUGCGGUGGUGAUGGCACCCAGCGUGCCGACCUGGUUCUCGCCCAUCCACUUGUGUGCGGGCGACACCGACGCCCCGCUGCCGUAUGAUGACGAGGUGGGGGAGCCGUCAGAGGUCGACGUGAACGAGAAGGGCGUCGACAGCCCGCUCUUGCAGGCGGCCGUUGGCAGCCGCUCCAGCCCUUGCCUUGGGCACUUGGGAAGGAGGCUGAUGGUGGUUGGGGCGGGUUUGUACGUCAGCGUGGCCGCCAGCUGCUCGAUGCGCCGGCCAUCUGCACCGGCACUGCGGGUGGUCAGCUGCGGCAUCGUCACGCUGCGAUGGCAUUUGUCAUGGCUGGAUGCGGGGUGUUCGCGAAAGUGCAGAAAGCCGUUCAGGACGGUGAACUGGCCGCUCGGGGAGCCGACGUAUGCGUCGAACAGCUCGGAAGUCCGCCGAUGGUGGUGGUCCAGGCUCCGUCCGGCGGCCAUCUGGCGACACUACGGGGCGCCCUGCUGGGCAGAGCGAGAGCGAAUAAGACCCCCCUAAGGAGCUGAAUGCCUUACAACCCGUUCACCAAAACCGCCGCG